AUGUCCAUUCACAAAAAAAAUUCUCACCUUUCUUUUUCACCGACUUUGCAAACUCUUAUUCCAGAAAUUCUAGAAUUUAUAUUAGUAUUUCUUCCAGCCCCUUAUGUUGUUUCUCCCGUGUGUCGACAAUUUCAUACAAUUGUGUCAAAAUCACCAAGUUUUAAACGACGUUGGCUUCGUAUAUGGCUUCAUCCAAAACUUCCAGAUGCUUUUUUACCUACUUAUUCCGAACUUUGCAAAGCAGUUGAGACAAAAACUCCAUUUAACAUUCUAAUGCAAAUUAUCGAUUUACAAAGAUUAUGUAAUAAGCCACUGGCUUCUUCGUUGGAUGAUAGCGUAACAAAAUUGGUGGAUGUAGCUUUCCUACACAAUGAAAGUGAUCAAUUAAUUCCUUUGUUGAUUUCCCGUGGGUUAAAUAUGAAAAAAUAUAUUGAAUAUCAUACUUCUAAAGACAUCCAAAGAACAAAAGAAGGAAUCCAUGUUGAAAAUAGAUUACCAAAAGAUUAUUUAUCACCUUUAAUUGUUGCUGCAAAGAAAUCAAAAACUUUUUUCGAUCAACUUGCUAUUUCAAAGGACUUUUUUACUGGUACUGAGUUGGCGUUUGCAAUUGUUCUUCAUGAACGACUUGAUGUCGCUUCAUCUGUGGCUAUUCAUCAACAACAUAUUUUAGAUAUUUUGGAAGAAAGUGUAGAUAGACAAUACACUACAGGCAUUGCAUGGGCUUUUCAACAAGGUGUUGGAACAGUUCAAAAAAAUAAUCCAUUAUAUCUUCGUUUAUGUAUUGAAAAAGCAGAUGUCGAAUCUGCAAAGAUUAUUAUUAAUAGUGGGGCAUCCAUAAAUAUAUCGCCAUCAAAUCGUGCAAAUGAUCCUUCAAUUUAUGGAGCUACAUCUCUUUUAGAAUUUAGUAUUCAAUGUUACUUUCAAAAUUUUAUUAGUGAAGAAGCUAAUAGGGAGGCGAGAAAGAAAAUGAUUUGUUUAUUCUUGGAUUCAGGUGCAGAUCCCAAUGCAGACGAUGGAAGACCUUUGGCAUUAUGUGUUACUAAUCAUAACCAGGAACUUAUGAGACUUUUACUGCAGAAAGGUGCAGAUGUGAAUUGUAGCAAUAGAUGGGCUGUAAGAAUAGCUACCGAUUGUGGAUAUAAGGAUAUGGCCAGAGAAUUAUACCGUAAGGCUAGGCUUUCUGAUGGUUUUACUAAUCAAACCUCUAGUAAUGCUAGCAAUGUUGUUAAGGAUAUGGUUAAGAAAGUGAGCAUGCUAAGUAAAAGUGUUUCUUUUAGGAGAAAAAGCGAGGGGGAAGUAAGUCCUGGUCAUCAAAAAAAUAAUGCUUCUAUUUAG